AUGGAUAUACGAAGUUUCUUUGGUGGGAAAAAGGGUGGCACACAGGAGGAGAAAGCAGGGACGGGCUCAUCGCAUCCAGCUGCGAAAGGUGGUCCCAGCACUUCACAUUCAGAACCCACGAAAAGAUCGCACAAAAUCGAAACAAACGCAUCGGUGAAGAAAGCAAAAUCUUCGAAGAAACCAAGUAUUCCUGUUGUGGACCUGGGCGACGACGAUGAUUCGGAGGGUGAAUCUCCGAUACCUUCCUCUUUGCGCAAACCAGAAAGCGAGCUGAAGCGACGUCGACGGGCGGUGGUUUCUGAUUCCGACGAUGAUUUGCCUCUUCCCAAAUCAUCUAAAACUCGUGUGAAGUCAAUAACGCCAUCACCUGUGAAGUCCCCUCCGAAGAAUAAGAGGUCACGAUUGGUUGUCUAUGACAGCGAUGAAGGCCAGUCACCGCUGAAGAAACAGAACAAAAUUGAAAGAACUCCAAAGGCGAUCCAAAGCUCCAGUGAUGAUGAUGAAAUGAGCGAGACAGACAGUGAGAAUGAGUUUGUCGAAAGAAAGAAAACGAAGAAAAAAGAUGUGCUGCCAGCUGGUCAAAAGAAGCUCAAUUUCGAAAGUGGUGCGAAGAAAACUGCUCCAGCAAAAGGAGGGAUAAAGUCCACGGAAAAGCUUCAGCGAGUAACUGCUGCAGAUUUUUUUGGAGGCAGUGGUGUUGGUGGCGGAACAUUGUCUUCUUCUAAAAAUAAAGAGAUUCCGAAAGACUCGAAAGUGAGCCCAUCUCAGAAAGAAAAUGCUCCUGGAAAACUUGGAAAGCCGAUAAAGGUGGAAAAGGAACUCGAAAGUAGCGGAGAACGAGGAGUUUCUCCUAAACAAAGAAGUGAUAGCAAAGCAGGCGAAAACAAGCGAAAGCCUGAGAAGAAACAAGAAGAACGCAAAAUGUCUUCUCAGAAGGCUGAUCUUAAAAAAGGUAAAGCCAAGUCGCCGUUGCAAGAUCGUGGCAAAGCAAAAACGUCUAAUGCUGCUAUCGUCGAAGUUCCCGAAUUGUUAAAGGCUGACGCGUGUGUUCCCUGGGUGGACAAAUAUAAGCCAAAAACAAACUCUCAGCUCGUUGGUCAGCAUGGCGACAAGAGUCCUUACAACAAGCUUCUUAGUUGGUUGAAAGACUGGGGACGGAACAAUCUUGGUGAAGGAGGAAAAAUAAAGAAAGCCAAACCGCCGCCAUUCUUAGCUCAGACAGAUGGUGCCCCUUUCAAGGCAGUUUUACUCUCUGGAUCUCCAGGUGUUGGCAAAACUACGUGUGCUGCAAUGGCAUGCGAGAGCCUUGGUUUAAAGAUUGUGGAGAUGAACGCAUCAGACGUGCGCAACAAGAAAUCUUUAGAGCAGCAGAUCACCCAGCUCACAGAAUCACAUCAGAUUGAGGAAUAUUUCACAUCGCUGCCAGGCAGAACAGGCUCCGAGGAAGAGGUCAAACACGCCUUGAUAAUGGAUGAGGUCGACGGAAUGAGUGGAACUGAAGAUCGCGCAGGGAUAGCCGAACUCAUCCAGAUAAUCAAAGACACGAAAAUUCCUAUCAUUUGUAUCUGCAAUGAUCGUCAACAUCCGAAGAUCCGUAGUUUGGCUAAUCACUGCUUUGAUUUGCGCUUCCAAAAGCCUCGUGUCGAGCAGAUCAGGGCACGCCUUAUGUCUAUAGCAUGUCAGGAGAAGGUGAAGAUUUCGAAGGAAGAACUUGACCAAAUGAUUGAAUUGUCAGGGCAUGACGUGAGACAGUCAAUCUACAAUCUGCAAAUGUACGCUUCCGCAGGUGGACAAACUAAGGUGCAGAAGAAGGACAUAGCAGUUGGUCCGUUUGAAGCCGCCCGGAAGCUUCUCGACUCAAGGUCCACUUUGCAAGAGAAACAGGACAUGUUCUUUGUGGAUUAUGGAAUAAUGCCUUUAUUCGUUCAAGAGAACUAUCCGAACAUGCGAAACGACAAACAUACACCUAAACAAGCCAUAGCCGGUCUUCGAAAAGCUGCUGAUUUGAUCUCUCUUGGAGAUACAAUUGAACGAUGUAUAAGGUCGACCGGAACAUGGAAGUUGUUAAAUGAGCAGGCAAUGAUUGGAUGUGCAUUACCGUCUAUUGCCGUUGAUGGUCAUCUUAGAGCAAUGAUUCAAUUCCCUGCUUGGCUGGGCAAGAAUUCAACAGCGAACAAAAGGCAACGGCUAAUGCGUCAACUAGCGAUUCACGCCCACCUUAAAAUAUCUGCUGACAUGCACUCGUUAGUUGCCGACUACGUGCCAGUUUUAAGGGACUGUCUCACAAAGCCGCUCCUCGAGCGAGAAACCGACGGAGUUUAUGAAGUUGUAUGCACCAUGAAUGACUACGACUUAAUACGAGAGGAUAGUGAAGCUGUGUCAGAGCUAGCUGUAUGGCCUGGAAAGGUUGAUCCUGCCAGCAAGAUUUUGCCCAAGGUAAAAGCUGCGCUAACACGUGCCCUGAACAAAGAACACCGUAUGCUUCCAUACGCAACAGAUGAAAUGUCGAAAAGUCGCAGAAGAACCGCACAGUUGGAUUAUGAAGUGGAAGUUGAUGAAGACGGAAAUCUCAUUGAAAGGUUGGAGGAGGAUGAAAGUGGUUAUGAAGACGACAGCGGUGAUGAGGAUUACAAACCAAGUGGAAAGUCUAAAGCGAAAGCAAAACCAGCUGCGAGUGCUCCAAGAGGCCGUGGUCGAGGUGCUAGCACUGGCGCUACGUCUCGAGGAGGUGCUAAAAGAGGUCGAGCAUUUGAAAAGUUCCCACUGGACCCAAUACGAGGAGUUUCUUUGGCACGCGAGGUCUUAUAUAAGAAGGAAAACAGCAAGAGAACCUUAGAGACCAUCCUUGAGAGGAAGGAUGAGACAGACUGA